CUGGCCACAACUCAAAUGCAGCCAAUAGAUGCCAGGAAAGCUUUUCCCUGCUUUGAUGAACCUGCUAUGAAAGCUGUCUUCCACUUGACUCUCAUUCACCCUCAUGGAACUGUGGCUUUGUCCAACUCCUUGAACUACGAGCCUGUCAAUGUCACUAUAGAGGGCCAGAAUUUAAUCCAGACAAGCUUCAGACCCACUGAGGUCAUGUCAAGUUACUUGCUGGCAUUUGUUGUAUGUGAGUUUGACUACAUCAGCUCAAUCUCAGAUACAGGCGUUUUGAUCAGGAUCUGGGCUCGUAGGAAGGCCAUAGCAGAGGGCCAGGGAAACUAUGCCCUUAACAAAACCGGACCAAUACUGUCAUUCUUUGAGGAUUACUAUGACAUUCCCUACCCACUGAACAAGUCAGAUCAAAUUGCUCUGCCUGACUUCAGUGCUGGAGCCAUGGAGAACUGGGGCCUGAUCACUUACAGAGAGACUGCCCUCCUAUAUAAUCCUCCAAAACAGCAUUUCCAGAUCUUAUUGUUCCUAAUGUACAACCAGGUGAAUGCUAUCUCCACAGCGUGCAGCAGUGAAGUCAAAAGCUGUAUGGAACUCACCACUGGCUGGUUCAGAGACUGGAUGAAGAACCCCACUAACAACAUGAUUCCUGCCAACUUGAGGUCCACAGUCUACUGCAAUGCAAUUAAAGCAGGAGGAGUGGAGGAGUGGGACUUUGCAUGGUCUAUGUACAAAAACGCUACCAUCGCCGCAGAGGCUGAAAAACUGAUGUCUGCUUUGUCCUGUACUACACAGCCCUGGCUGCUGAACAGUGGGGGUCUUUCCUUAAACACUUUAGAGGGGAUGUGCUCCCUGUUUAGCGCCUAG